AUGACCCAACCAAAGAAGCCCACCGGCCAAACCGCUGAUGCCCCGCCGUCACCUUUUGUCCACACUCCGCCCGACAGCCCAGGCCACGAAUGCAAAUCUGCCCCGGAGGGUGACCCAAUGGUUAUGAACAUGUUUCCUUCCUCUGCAACGCUAGACGAUGCGCCAAACUCCGAUGGCAUGGCUCUCUCCAAUGGCUCGGCACCCCCAACGCCGCUAUCCACACCCAUCGGUGAAUUUCCCCAGAAAGGUCAGAUGUUGGGCGAGGGCCCCCAGCAACCUGUUACCCUGGCGGGAUUGAAAGAUCUCCUAAUGGAAGUCGUUCAGGAGCUCAAGGCUGGCCCCGCCGCGGUUCAAUCUGAGGCAACAACUCCUAAACCGGAAAGGAAGCCUACAGUCGCGCCACUUGGCUCCAAGCUCGAGUUCAAGAGGAUUGAACAAGUGUGGGAUAAGGCAACGCGGACGUAUGUUGACAAGGCAACGGUGAAGGAGGAGCUCGAUGAGCUUGACCAAUAUGCCUUCGUUGUUCGAUCCCGAGGCGCUAUAACAGGUGGAAAUUCCAUUAGGAGGUUGGUAUAUGUUGACAUCAAAUCCAAACACCUCCGCAGCGUCUUGCAGGAUACUAUGAAAAAUGUCAAGACCGUCAGCUUGCAGGAGAAAAAGCCAAGCGUCGAACUGGACCUCCUCUACCACUUCCUCCCGGAACUUAAAGCGCAUGAGUCAAAGUUAGCUGGUGCACCCGAGCGACAAGACGAGCUGCGAUAUCUGUCGUUGCUCGUUGAGUUCAUUUCGACAACAUACCAGCCCAUCACCGAACGGCUUGCAACACAGCUCGAAUGCGGCAAGGUCACGUGGGAUAUCCUCUGGACUAUCUUCAAGCCAGGAUCGAUCAUCUACACAAAGUGUUUUGGGACUGAGAAGCAGAGAUGCGUUGUUCUGAAUGCCAUCGAACAGAAGAGGAAGCCGGGUGGCGUGGACUAUUAUAACCUCGACUGCAGCUAUGUUGACUGUGACAGAGAUGUGCUAGGAAAAGCUGGCAUACUCCUCGAGAUCGACAGGUUUCGAGGGCCGCGACGCAUCGACCUGCUUCCGGCAUUUCCGCUCCAGUACCACCCAGAAGAAGAAGCGGUCAGACGGAAUCUCACCGAGUGUGGCCGGAAAUUCUGUGGGUUAGUUGGAACGCACAUCCGCCACUGCCGUGGAACCGCCUUCUUUAUGGAGAGGGGAGUACCCGUUCGGGUGAAAGUUGACGGCCGUGUCGGGAUCGACGCCACAUUCUUUCGCGAAAUGAACCCGAACUACCUCCGCCCGCGGGUUGAGAAGUAUAACUCGAUGGGACUGGACGCAGACGGAAUUUGUUAUGUCGACUUAGACGCACUUCUUGACCAGCAGGCACAGAUAGAAAGAGAGCGGGUGAAGAGCGAUGGCGCAGCUGCGUUUGAUAUGAAUGAUGAUGACUAUCUAACCUGCUGCCCCACGAUUCCUGGUUUUAGCUUCAAGGACAAUGCUUUCUACGAGUUUGCUGUUGAAGACAUCUGCGAUAUCAAAUGGUCGCGCUCUCUCUUCAAGAGCUUGACGAUCCCAGACGAGCAAAGAGCCGUCCUCAUGGCCCUCGCGAGGACCCGUAUGGGUGUGGUCCCCGCCAUCCCUUUCGAUGACUUUGUAGCGGGAAAGGGCCGUGGCCUGAGUGUGCUUCUAUAUGGCCCACCGGGUGUAGGUAAAACCCUGACAGCGGAGGCCACGGCUGAGCAUCUUGAGCGGCCUUUAUACCCCAUUCCUGCCGCGCAACUGGUCACCCGGCCUGAUUUUCUGGAGGACAACCUCAAACAUACGUUCAAGAUCGCAGAGCAUUUCGACGCUCUUCUCCUCCUGGAUGAAGCUGAUGUGUUUCUCGAGCGACGAUCAUCAUUCAACUCAUCCAAGGACGGCGUUAUCAAAAACUUGAUGUCCGUGGCACACGCCCUUGCUACCGUUGACGGCGCUCGCGUUGAUCAACCCGAUGAAAUCAUAUGGGAUAAGGUCUACGAGGCCGUCACUGAAUCAACUCCUCCCCCCCGUCCGUUGCACUCUUUCCAGACGCCCUUGACCCGAAAUACAGGUAGCUCCGUCAACUCGAGCGAGCUCCGAACCGACAUGGACCCCGUGCUAAGGGAGGAGCUGGGCCCCCUAUACAUUGACAUACCGAAUUUCCACGAGACCUCCUUUGAAGAUAUCCCAAGGCUGCAGACGAACGCACAGGCGAGCGGAUGGCCCGAGGGUGUAAAGGAGGCGCCUGUGCUGGCCUGGCUGUCGGAAACUAUCGACAAGAUCAGACAAUUCUUUGAGGAACACGCGCCUGACGAGACGGUUCGAAGAAGGCCCCUGGCGCAGCCUCAUAAGCCGCUAAAGGGUUCUACGGCUAAGCGGACGCUAGAUAUCGGCUUUAUGGACGGGACAGAUCCCCUCGAGGACGGAAAGUACGCCUGGUCGCAGAUACUCGUUCCCGGAGAGCUGAAAAACAAGCCAGGCUACGAAACCCAGUCCAGGCUCGACACGGGGAGAUACGCGAGGGAGGUGCUGGCUGCGCAGGACUCCCGCCUCUUCGUGCCAGGCUUCACGCUUUGCGGGUCGCUCAUGAGGCUAUGGCACUUCGACCGUCUGGGAGGAAUCGCGUCAGAGCAGUUCGACAUCCACGAGGAGGGCCUUCGAUUCGUCUCGGUCAUGCUCGGGUAUAUGCUGAUGACUGAGGGGCGGCUCGGAUUCGAUCCGACGAUUAUCACCAACGCCGAUGGCUCGAGGUACUUUAAAAUCGAACGGAACGGUAAGGAAGAGCGUCUUAUUAUCGAUGGGGUGAUAAACCGCGCACACUGCGUGGCCGGGCGAGCCACGACGUGCUGGAAGGUACAUCGCGACGGAGACGAAUCCCGAACGCCCCUGGUGAUCAAGGGCUCAUGGCAGUACCCUGAGCGCGACGAGGAAGGGGAGCUGCUGCGUGAGGCCACGGAGAAGGGGGUGGUCAACGUCGCGAGAUAUUUCUAUCAUGCGACGGUCCAGGUGGAGGGUCGAGACUGCGAUAUCCAUGACGUGGUGAGGAGGAGGUGGGACAUCACGACGGCAAGCAACUACAAACCGGCCGGCUCCAGGCCUCCGCUGAGCAGGAGCGCAUCCCAUAAGGGGAAGAGCAGCCGGACAGCCAGCCGCAAACGAUCGUCCACCUGCGUCGAGCCGUCGCUGCCUCCCGGCAAACGUUCGCAGUCCCAACAUCCGUCGCACCCCAACCGUGUCUACCGUCUUGUCGGAGUCGAAGAUUACGGACAGCCGAUCUACACGGCGAGCUCGAGGGUUGCCUUACUGGCGGCGCUGGAAGAGUGCAUCGAAGGAUACGAGUCCCUUCAUCAGAAGGCUGGCAUGCUCCAGAGAGACAUUUCCCCCAACAACCUCAUGAUCAACGAGGACAAGGAGAGUGCGUCCUGGAAGGCGUUCAUCAUCGAUCUGGACCUUGCCAUCAAAGAAGACCGGGAAGGUGCUUCGGGGGCGCGGGGCAAGACCGGCACGCGGGCGUUUAUGGCGAUCGGAGUUCUUCUGAACGAACAGCAUUCCUUUAUGCACGAUCUCGAAUCAUUCUUUUGGGUCUUGUUCUGGAUAUGUAUUCAUUAUGAGGGCCCCGAUAAAGGAAAGGUUGUUGAGGGAUUUGAAGACUGGAACUAUAUGAGCACUGAAAAACUUGCUGGCGUAAAGAAAGGAGCUAUUGAUGAUGAGGGAGAUUUUCUCAAGUCCACGGCGGAACACUUUACGGAAUACUAUCAGCCACUCGUACCUUGGGUCAAUAGGCUACGGCGAGUCGUAUUUCCCAACGGCAGAAGGUGGAAAACACCUGAUACAAGUUUGUAUUCUGCCAUGAGAGAAAUUCUUCGAAACGCCCAGGAGGACCCUAAUGUUAUUGGGUUAAAUUAA